CGAAAAAGCCAAGUCCAACAUCGAAAAAUAAUGGAACCAAAAACAAGAGAGAGAAAGUGGAAAAAAAAAAAUUAACAGAAGAGAGAGAGAGAGAGAGUGAGGGUUUUUAGAGAGAGAAAGUGAAAAGAAAUGGGUCAGAUCGUGAAGAGGAAGAAGAAAGGGAGGCCAUCGAAGGCAGAUCUGGCUAAAAGAGGUAGUUCGCCGGCGGUGGCUUCGGAGCCGGAGCUACGGCGGAGUCAUAGGCGGAGAAAUGUGAGGUAUAACAUCGAUUACGACGAUUAUCUCGACGAAGACUUGGAAGAAGAAGACGAGGAAGAAGAGAGAAGGAGAGAGAAGAAGCUUAAGCUCGUUCUUAAACUUAAUCAAGGUCAAGAAGCUGAGCCGCCUUCUCCUCCUCCUAUGCCACCAAGCCGCGGCCUAGGUGUUUCCUCGGCGCAUGGGAGGCACGCUGUGGAGGAGGAACUGGAGGAAGAAGAAGAGGACGAUGAAGAAGAGGAAGAGGAAGAAGAGGAGAGUGAGAAGAAGAAAAAGAUUAAGAAGAGAAGAAUCAACGGUGGUGAUGAAGUUGAUCAUGAUGAUGAUGAUGAUGAUGGAGUUGAUGAUGAUGAAGAAGAUGAUGAUCAUGGUGACUGUGAUGUGGAGAUGAGAGGAAGAAAAGGGGAACCCAAAGGGCAAGACUCAGUUCCAGGAACGCCAUCGGAUCCUCCAUCAGGGGUUCCAUUGCCUGAUAAGAAGGCAUUGGAAUUGAUUCUUGAUAAACUUCAGAAGAAAGACACUUAUGGUGUGUAUGCUGAACCGGUUGAUUCCGAGGAGCUUCCUGAUUACCAUGAUGUGAUUGAGCAUCCAAUGGACUUUGCCACGGUGAGGAAGAAGUUGGGCAAUGGGAUAUAUUCUACAUUGGAACAAUUUGAGAGUGAUGUCUUCUUAAUAUGCUCAAACGCAAUGCAAUAUAAUGCACCAGAUACUAUAUAUUAUAAACAGGCACGUUCCAUUCAAGAGAUGGCAAAGAAAAAGUUUGAGAAGUUAAAGAUUGAUGUAGAUCGGUCUGAGAAAGACAGCAAGAUGGAACAGAAAACAUCAUCUAACUUCUUAGCAAAGAAGCAAACAAAAAAACCUAUCUACCGUACAACACAGGAACCUGUUUGUUCUGAUUUCUCUUCAAGGGCCACUCUUGCCACUGCUGGAGAUAUCCAGAACUCUUCCAUCACAAUCCAAGCUAAUGCUUGUGAGAGGCCUAGCCAUACUGAUGCGCUUGUAGAGGGUAACUCCUCCCUGGCUGAUUAUAAUCUAGAGAAGACUGAAGAACAAUCAUCAGGGAAGGGUCUUCUUUCUAAAUUUGGGAGGAAGUCAUCUGCACUUGAUGAUAAUCGCCGUGUGACAUACAAUAUAUUCAAUCAACCAGUAAUCAGAUCAGAGUCAAUAUUUACAACCUUUGAGGCGGAAAUCAAGCAGUUAGUUGCUGUUGGGCUUCAAGCAGAAUUUUCAUAUGCUAGGAGUUUGGCUCGCUUUGCUGCAACUCUUGGACCUGUUGCAUGGAAAGUUGCUUCCCGCAGGAUUGAGCAAGCGCUGCCUAUGGGCUGUAAGUUUGGUCGGGGGUGGGUUGGGGAGUAUGAGCCGCUUCCAACACCAGUAUUAACAAUUGAGAAUCGUGCUCCUAAGGAAUCUGCCCUGUUUACAAAGUUGCACCGAGCUGCUGAUGUUCGAAAGGAUGAUGCAACUUGUAUGACCCCAGUUCGUGCUACUGAUGUUCGAAAGGAUGAUGCAACUUAUAAGACCCCAGUUCCUGCUACUGAUGUUCGAAAGGAUGAUGCAACUUCUAAAACCCCUGUUCCUUCUAAGCCACAUCCUCACAAUGUCCCUGUUGCUGCUAUAAGACGAGAUGAUUCAAGCAAUGCCGCAGCUGCUGCUGCUCGUGCAUGGAUGUCUAUAGGAGCUGGAGGCUUUAAGCAAGCAACUGAAAAUUCCAGCACUUCGAAAGGCCAGAUAUCUGCAGAGUCGUUAUACAACCCAGCUAGGGAACUUCAUCCACAAGUUUCACGAGUUCGAGGGGAGUUUCCACUUUCUGCAGGGAUGCAAUUUCAACCACAGCUUCAGAAGAAUAGUUUCCCCCUCCAUGCUUUUGCAACCCAACCAGUUCGGUUGGUGACUGAAGCUCAGUUCCAAAAUAGACCCAUGGUUUUCCCUCAACUAGUGGCAACCGACUUGUCUAGGUUCCAAGUGCAGUCUCAUUGGCAAGGUCUUAGCCCAAGAACCCAACCCAGGCAGAAGCAGGACUCGCUUCCUCCUGACUUGAAUAUCAGGUUCCAAUCUCCGGGGUCUCCUGUGAAACAAUCUUCUGGCGUUCUGGUUGAUUCCCAGCAGCCAGAUUUGGCUCUGCAGCUGUGAGCUCAGAGACAGAUUUUCGAUUGGGGGCAGUUGCCCCCAAAAUCUUAAAAUUUCUUUUUGUAGUUAUGUAAUUUAUUACAAGUUUAUGAAAGUCUUAAUUUUGUUU